AUGGCUCAAGAUUCAAAAAUACUGGAACUUUUGGAGUUACAAAGCAAACUUCUUGCAACCCUUACCCAAGGAAAUGCAUCAAGCAUCAAUCAAGAUUUACUAAUGGAAAAAUUAUCGAUCAGCAUAACUGAAUUUUGCUAUGAUCAAGCAAAUUCAUCAACAUUCAAUAAUUGGUAUGCUCGUUUUGAAGAUAUUUUUCUCGUAGAAGGCAAGGAUUUAGACGAUGCUGCACGUGUGAGACUCCUAAUGCGAAAACUAAACAAUAUUGCUUAUGGGCAAUACUCAGCAUACAUUCUACCAAGAAAUCCAAGAGAUGUCACUUUUGCGGAUACGGUCAAAAUUCUUAAGGAUAUGUAUGGAAUUCAAGAUUCAAUUUUUAGUAUUCGAUAUAAAUGUUUACAAACUGUCAAGAUGUCACAUGAGGAUUUAAUUUCGUAUGGAGCUCGUGUCAACAAACUGUGUGAAAAUUUUAAGUUAUCUGAGAUGAACGCAGAUGAAUUCAAAUGCUUAGUAUUUGUUUGUGGUCUACAAUCCAAUGCAUACUCUGAUGUUCGAAUGAGAUGUCUUUCAGCUCUAGAAGAUGACCGUAAUCAAAACAUUAAUAAGCUAAUUACUAGUGCUCAAAGAUUGCUAAACUUAAAACACGAUACAGCAAUGGUAGAAGUUAACACACAAUCAUCCAUAAAUGCUAUAAAAUCAAAUCUAAAAUCAAAUGAUGAUUUUAAAGAUUGGCUUGAGAUUUUUGGACUAUGGGACAAACCAUUAAGCAAUGUAUGUUCUCAAAUAAAGGAUCAAGAAAUUGACAUUAAUGUCCUACAUAACAUCAAAUCUGAAUAUGCCGAUAUUUUUCAAAAUUCUCCUUCAAAAUGUACUAAAGCACAAGUACAUUUACAACUUAAACCAAACGUCAAACCAAUUUUCCGUGUGAAGAGACCUGUUGGUUAUGCUAUGCUAAGUUUAAUUGAAGAUGAAUUGCAGCGAUUGGAAACAUUAGGCAUAAUCAAUCCAGUUGAUAACGCAGAGUGGGCAGCACCCAUUGUUGCAGUGAAGAAGCCUAACGGAAAAGUUAGAAUAUGUGGAGACUAUUCAUCUGGUCUUAAUGACAGUCUAGAACCACAUAUGUAUCCCUUACAUCGUCCUGAGGACUUAUAUGCAAAAGUAGGGAACAGUUGUUUAUUUACGCAUAUUGAUUUGUCAGACGCGUAUUUACAAACAGAAGUUUCUCCAGACUCAGCUAAACUUCUGACAAUCAAUACUCAUAAAGGGUUAUAUACAUUCAAUCGUCUAGCUCCCGGUGUAAAAAGUGCUCCAGGUGCUUUUCAACAGUUAAUGGACACCAUGUUAAUAGGCAUAGAUGAUACAGCAGCCUACAUUGAUGACAUAAUCGUUGGUGGUAAAACGGUGGAAAAACACAUCGAUAACGUAAAGAGAGUUCUUCAAAGACUUCGUGAGUAUAGUUUUCAUAUCAAAUUUGAGAAGUGCACAUUUUUUGCAAAAGAGGUGAAAUACCUUGGCAAUAUCAUGCCUUCAUCGGGUUUACGUCCUGAUAAAGAAAAGAUCAAAGCAAUUUUAGAUCUACCACCACCAUCAAAUAUAUCUGAGUUAAGAUCAUUUCUCGGAUCCAUAAACUAUUAUGGAAAAUAUGUUAAAAAUAUGACCAAUUUAAGAACUCCUCUUGAUCAUCUACUUCAAGAUAACACCAAAUUUAAAUGGUCAAACGAAUGCCAACAAUCCUUUGAAAAAUUUAAGGAAAUUUUAAAUUCAGAUCUCCUUUUAACCCACUACAACCCGGAUCUGCCAAUCAAAGUUGCAGCCGACGCUUCAGGAAAAGGAAUUGGAGCUUACAUUUGUCACAUUUUUCCAGACAAUUCGGAGAAAGUAAUAGAACAUGCUUCCCGUACUCUCACUCCAGCGGAAAAAAACUAUGCGCAAAUAGAAAAAGAAGCACUUGGUCUGGUAUAUGCUGUAGAAAAAUUCCAUAAUCAGCCAGAUUCAAUCCAACUCAUGUUAGAACUAUUUGGAAUCAAACCGAAUUUUAUAAAUCAAUCUCAUAUACGACCACCAGUAGAAAAUUCAACUCCAUCAACCCCUCUAAGGCUAGUUGAAGCAAAUGUAACAGCAAGUACUCCAGAACAAAGACAAGUUGAAGCAAAUUCAACUCCAAGCUCUCCUGAAAAUCAAUUACAUUCACCACUAACAUUUAGCACUCCAAUAGCUGAACCUCCAGCAAGUAUUUCAAGACCAAAGCGAAAUGUGAAACCUCCAGAAAGAUUUGGUUUUACCAACUAA